UAAGCUUCCCCACAAGUGUUAGGAACACAGAUACACUCAGUGCCAUUUCUAUUAUUAUAAUUCGUCAGCUUCUUGGCAGUCACACAGCAUCGCAGAAGACAUCACGUCCCCAUGAAGUCAUUCGAUCUGAUAUCAUCCAUAGUCAGUACACAAUGGCCUUCGUCGAAAGAUUUAUGGGAAGCAUGGGGCAUCCAAUCGCUGGUCACCAUGAGCCUCGCUUGCCAGAUCACCCUAGCCAUCCUUGGCAGCCGCCGGAGGUACAGGACCUCGAUCGUAAUCAGAUACGUCAUCCACGCCACCUACUUGCUCUCUUCUUACUUUGCGACCAUUGCCCUUGGCAAGCUCACUGUUGUCCAGAUCGACAAUCCUGAUCGACCGGACUACAUAACUGAGCUCAAGGGGUUGCUGGCACCGUUGCUCUUAAUGCAGCUUGGGAACCCUGACUCCAUAACCGCAUACUCGGUCGAGGACAAUCGGCUCAGCAACCGGCAGAUGCUGAAUCUGUUUGUCAGGGUCAUUUCCGUCAUCUGGAUCCUGAUUCGCUGCUGGGACAGCUCGUCCCCCGUCCCGCUUUUGUACUUCCCCUUGUCUGUUGCCGGGAUCAUUCGAUCAGCACUGACGGUUUGGGCCCUCGCGUACGUGUACUGGAAGGGGUCGAGCAUAUCAGCCAAGGAUAUCUUGGACGACGAAAUUGUUGGCAAGUUCUUCAACAAGCAAGACAGGCCCAAAUGGUCGACGGAGCGAAAGAUCAUCUUUAAGGCGUACCAUCGGUUUGAUCGCUUGAAGCCCCACAUUGCAAACUGGCUCUACCACCCGGAAUCGCUAAAGGAAUCUCGGUUAACUGUACAGCGCGAUUUAGCCUUCAUCACAACUGAGGUCGAACUUGGAUUCAUGUAUGACGUACUUUACACCAAGCAACCAAUUCUCUAUAAACCGCUCGGUCUUAUCUGCCGCUUCACUAGCUUUUUCUGUCUAGUCUCAGCCUUGUGUCGAUUUGCCAUUAUUUUCAGGAGAGCCUUCUUAAUAGACAAGUACAUAACCUACACUUACGCCUUGUUGAUAGGAGUCACCGCCCUAGAAGGUUACCAAAUUGUUUUGCAACCUUUUUCGGCAUGGGCCAUUGUGGCGAUGAGCCGUCACCAAAGAAACUGCCUCGUGUCAACAAGGCUGUUGAACUUCUUAGCUGAAAGGUAUAUGAAGCGGAAAAGGUGGUCGAACUCAGUUGGGCAACUCGGUUUGUUGGAUCAUCGCUUGUACGAUGAUGACUGGCCGCGGCCCAUUGGAAGAUUCCUCAGGUACUUGGGCAUAAAACAGGUGACCUGGAGAAGGUAUUGGAUUUACUCUCGCGUGGAAAUCCUCGGCUCUCUCAAGGAAUUGCUGGUAGAAGAUAUGGAGAAGCUCAACGUGAUCAGAGGCCAAAAGCCCUUCACCGAACGUGGCGACUGGACGAUUAAAGCUCACAAUCUCAGCGAUGAUGUGGAGUGGACACGGGACCUUGAAGUGUUGAGAUAUAGCAUCUCGACAACAUUUGACAAAAGCAUCAUCAUUUGGCACAUGGCAACGACCUUCUGCCUCCAUUCAGAUUCUGACGAGUCUCCGAAUCGUGAAGGAAGCAAACUGCUAUCCAGUUACAUGAUGUACCUUCUAGCACUGCGACCCUACAUGUUGUCCCUAACGACUGCCGAUAUCACAUUGGAGCAUGCUUGCACCAUAUUGAAGCCAUUUCUCAAGUACAGAGACAGCAAUCAGGCCUUGGGGACAUUGUCGUCAGAAGAGGACGUGCUCGAACCCUCCCUGGAUCAGAUGGGAACCAUAAUCACCAGGGAUUGGCAUGUGCUGUUGGAUGCGCAGAAAUUGGCUGCGACACUAAAGGGAAAGAACAACAAGUGGCAGAUCAUAAGCAGCAUUUGGGUGGAGAUGUUGUGCUACGCUGCGCACAGUUGUCAAGUUUACCAUCACAUGAAACUGUUGCGGCGUGGCGGAGAGCUUAUAACUCAUGUAUGGCUGCUCUUGAAGCACCAUACUGAUAAGUACACCCACACUGAAGAGACCAAGCACACCGGAGAAACCAAAGGAAAGUCGCAGAGUGAAUGGUGAUCCUAGGAUUGGUCAUGCUCUGCACCCGAUUAUAGUAUAUGCGUGUGUUUUCUCUCUUUUCCCUUCUUGGUAAAGAGGUGCUUUCUCAAUAAAAUCACUGUAAUCGCAUUCAGCUAAGAGACUUGUCAAUGAAACAU